UAUGACUGGAACUAUUCAAAUCGACUGGAUAUGGCAGGGAAGCGAUGUUAUUCCAAUGCUGCGAAUAAAGAACUCCUUUAACCAAGCGCUUCCAAAGCAUGAAUAUAGGUUCAAUACCGACACAAAAUUAUUUGAAAGGGAAUGCUAACUUACUGGAAGUAAAAGAACGCUUUCUUUAGACAAUCGCCACUCGGCACACAGCGAUGACGGGACUUGGGCGAAGAGGAGAUUGAAUCGUGAGGAAGAUGGACGAGCAUCGGACGGAUGUUUUAUGCAUAGAUCUCGCUAGCUAGUUAACUGAGAAGUGAAUUUAUUCACGCAAAACUCCUAGCUAGCUACGUACUUUUAUUGGGCGUUCGCGGAGAACUGUUGAAACUCCUAGAACUCACUGUAGUUUAUUUGAAACCAGGAUAAAGGGAGGGGUAAACUAACACUAAUCGUUAAGGAAAUAGUAGGAUUAUCGCUGUUUGGAAUUAUGUUGGUACACCAAAUGUAGCUUCAAAUUAAAUUAACGUUAAAUCGUUUUGGUUGCUAAUAUGCCCAGUAGUAAUCGUGGCCAAUCAGAAAGUCAAGUAGGCUAGCUAACUAACGGUAGCGACUUAAUGUUAAGAACGCUGUCUGUAGCUAGCUAAGUAAAUAACGACGGCCUUUAAACUUUCAACAGUUUGGGGAUUUGUUGUAGAGAUAGGUAAAAUGUGUGAUAAAUAUCGUAAAUGCGAUAGCUAACAUAACGACAGCUUGCUAAACAAUAGGAAAUACCGUGCGCGCAACUAAAUAUGCUAGCUAGCUGUCUUAAGUGAGCGUUAGCGAUUCAAUCCUAGAAAUUUCACUAUCUUAAGCGGGUUGCCAUUACUAGCUAACUACCUAUCAACGUUCCCUCGAGAAAUUAAUAUGUUUAGUUACCUAUAGCUCGCUAACUACAACGCUCCAACUUUCACACUGUAUUUAACGUUACAUAUAUUUAUUUCCGUGGGAGAGGGAACAGUAGGUUAUUAAUGGCAGACUUUCAGGAACUGUUGCAACAACAACCUAAAAAGUUUUAGCUUGUCAUUUAGGAAUUUUUCAAAACGGCCAGCUUGCUAACAACUAGGUAGUUCAUCGACACUUGUACAGCUGGAUAGCUAUAUACUUUACUGCAAGAAGUUAGCUAGCUAUAUUGAUUACAGCUAGCUACCUAGCUAGUAAUUGAUUUUUGGCACUGCGAUGGCUGGCGGUGGAGUCUCCCCCUUGGGUGGCGCGCCUCCAUUGUGGUAUCACCGGGAUCUGAGUCGCGCUGCUGCGGAGGAGCUGCUGGCUCGGGCCGGCCGAGAUGGGAGUUUCCUGGUCCGAGACAGCGAGAGUGUGAGCGGUGCUUACGCCCUUUGCGUUCUUUUCCAGAAACACGUGCACACUUACAGGAUUCUUCCGGAUGAGGAUGGUUUCCUGGCAGUACAGACCUCACAGGGUGUGCAGCCGAAGCGGUUUAAGACGCUCCCGGAGCUGAUCCAGCUGUACCUGCAGCCCAGCCAGGGUCUGGUCACCACCCUGCUCUACCCCGUGGAGCGGGAGGACAGCCCCGACGACAGGGACUACUCCGAUGGAGAAGAUGACAAGCCCCCCCUCCCCCCUCGGACCGCCUCCACCAGCAGCCCCCCGGGGUCUGCUGGCUCCGCCCUGGUCACGUUUGGACAGGAGUCCUCCACAGACAGCCCCGCGGCCAACGGCCUCAGCACCAUCUCACACGAGUACCUGAAGGGCAGCUACGCCCUGGACCUGGACGCAGUCAAGCAGGGCGCCACCAGCCUGCCCCACCUCAACAAGACCCUUGUGUCCUGCUGCAAGAAGCUGCACGGGGAAGUGGACAAAGUCCUGGCUGGUCUGGAGAUUUUGUCUAAAGUGUUUGACCAGCAGAGUGCAGUCAUGGUGUCCCGGAUGAUUCCGCAGUCAGCGAAUCAGGGUGGAGACCAGGAGCUGGAACACCUGGUGACCAAGCUGGCCAUCCUGAAGGACCUGCUGUCCUCCAUCGAGAAGAAGGCUCUGAAGGCUGUUCAGGACAUGAGCUCCUCCUCUCCCUCCAUCCCACCUCAAGUCUCCAUGCGGCACAGCAAGGCCAUUCCCGUGCAGGCCUUCGAGGUGAAGCUGGACGUGUACCUCGCUGACCUCACCAAAAUCGGCAAGUCCCAGAAGCACACGCUGAGCGUGGACGUGGAGGGGGGCAAGCUGGUGGUGAUGAAGAAGCUGAACGCUCAGGAAGACUGGAACACCUUCACACACGACAAGAUUCGGCAGCUGAUCAAGUCGCAGCGUGUGCCAAACAAGCUGGGCAUUGUGUUUGAGAAGGAAAAGGAUAAAAGCCAGAGGAAGGAUUUCAUCUUUGCCAGCGCUAAAAAAAGGGAGGCCUUUUGCCAGCUGCUCCAGCUGAUGAAGAACAAACAUUCCCAGCAGGAUGAGCCGGACAUGAUCUCCAUAUUCAUCGGGACCUGGAACAUGGGCAGCGUUCCUGCCCCUGCCGCCCCCAAGGCCAUGAGCUCGUGGAUCCUCUCCCGCGGGCUGGGGAAGACUCUGGACGAGACCACCGUCACCAUCCCCCACGACAUCUACGUGUUCGGCACGCAGGAGAACUCCGUCUGCGACAAGGAGUGGGGGGAGGUCCUGCGGGGGGCGCUCAAGGACUGCACGGAUCUGGACUUCAAACUGAUUGCCACGCAGACGCUGUGGAACAUCAAAAUCGCUGUCCUGGUGAAACCGGAACACGAAAACCGGAUCAGCCAUGUGGGCAUGUCCAGUGUGAAGACCGGAAUCGCAAACACACUGGGCAACAAAGGCGCCGUGGGUGUCUCCUUCAUGUUCAACGGCACAUCGUUUGGGUUCGUCAACUGCCACCUCACAUCAGGCAGCGAGAAGAUUGGCAGGCGGAACCAGAACUACCUGGACAUUCUGCGACUGCUCUCUCUGGGAGACAAGCAGCUGAGCUCCUUUGACAUCUCCCUGAGAUUCACCAACCUCUUCUGGUUCGGAGACCUCAACUACCGCCUGGACAUGGACAUCCAGGAGAUCUUGAACUACAUCAACAGGAAAGAGUUUGAGCCUCUGCUCAAAGUGGAUCAGCUCAAUCUGGAAAGGGAGAAGAACAAGGUCUUCCUCCGUUUCGCUGAAGAGGAAAUCUCUUAUCCCCCCACCUACCGCUAUGAGAGAGGGUCCCGGGACAUGUACGUGUGGCAGAAACCAAAGCCGACAGGGAUGCGGACCAAUGUUCCUUCAUGGUGUGACCGUAUUUUGUGGAAGUCUUACCCCGAGACGCAUAUAGUCUGCAACUCCUAUGGAUGUACAGAUGACAUAGUUACCAGUGACCACUCUCCCGUGUUCGCAACGUUCGAGGUCGGAGUGACGUCGCAGUUCGUCUCCAAAAAAGGGCUGCCCAAGUCUUCAGAGCAGGCCUACAUCGAGUUUGAGAGCAUUGAAGCCAUCGUGAAGACUGCCAGUAGGACCAAGUUCUUCAUUGAGUUCUACUCCACCUGUCUGGAAGAAUACAAGAAGAGCUAUGAGAACGACAGCCAGAGCAGCGACAACAUCAACUUCCUGCGGGUGGGCUGGACGUCGAAGCAGCUGACCACGCUCAAGCCCAUCCUGUCCGACAUCGAGUACCUUCAGGACCAGCACCUGCUCCUCACCGUCAAGUCCCUGGAUGGAUACGAGUCCUACGGGGAGUGUGUCCUGGCCCUGAAGUCCAUGAUUGGCAGCACGGCCCAGCAGUUCCACACAUACCUGUCUCACCGGGGGGAGGAGACGGGCAACAUCCGCGGCUCCAUGAAGGUCCGUGUGCCCUCCGAGAGGAUGGGGACCCGGGAGAGACUCUACGAAUGGAUCAGUGUGGACAAAGAUGAGACGGGCGGCCCGAAGGGUCGAACUACGAUACCGCUGCGGACGGGCCAUGAAUAUGUCAAACCCACAGUGACCCGUAAGCCUCCGCUGGCCGAGGUGGGGAAGGUGUCUGAGGAUGGCGAGAAGAAUCCCUCCCACACCACGGGGGGACGUCCCGGCUUCCCCCUACCCACCACCCCCAAAGAGGAGGGCACGCAGGCCAGGGUGAAGCAGGACUCUGCAGAGGACCCCUCCAGCUGCAAGAACAGCUACAACAACCCAGCCUACUACAUCCUGGAGGGCGUGCCCAACCAAUCGGCCGCCCUGGCCUCCGAGCUGCUGCCCGGCUCCGCCCUCCCGCCCAUGGCGACCAAAGCGGGGAGCGCAGCGAGCAAGAGCAAGCCCCCCUCAGGCAGCUCUGCCCCCCAGCGCAGGCACACGGCCGGACGCCCCGCUCGCCCCGCCAGCGAGGAGGGGUCCUCGGAGGAAGACGGGACCCCCGGGACACACGCCGCCACCCUCAACCGCCCGCCCCCCGACUUCCCGCCGCCUCCGCUCCCCAAGGGCGCCGUGGAGAUGACCGAGAACCCCUUCUACACCUCCGGCAAGGACGUCAAGUCCCGCGGCCUCUACCCCGACCUGGCCGAAGUCAAGAUCCCGGCCAAGCCCCUGGACUCCCCCGGGGCCCUCCCUCCGGCCUCAGGCGGGGCGGGGCGGGGCGCGGCGGGCAGGCCCUUCUGCCUGGAGCCCCCUCCCGCCCUCAACGCUGCCCCCUUCAGGCGAGCAGGUGGCAGCUCCGGGCUGGAUGACCAGUCCUGCUCCGUGCUGCAGAUGGCACGCACUCUGAGCGAGGUGGAGUACCAGCCGGGGCGUGACAGGAACCCCCCCGUCCCGCACAAGGGCAUGGGCGCCCCCCACCUGCGGGGGCUGGGACUGCCGGACGCCUGCCGCACCUUCCCCCCCCGCUCCAUCCAGGAGAGCAUCGCUGAAGACCUGCCCGAGGAGGGCCUGUGGCAGGCGGGCAGCAGCAGCUCCAGCCUGUCGGUGGAGUCGAGCGUGGGCGAGUGGCUGCAGAGGCUGGGGCUGGAGCGCUACGAGGAGGGGCUGCUGCACAACGGCUGGGACGACCUGGAGUUCCUGAGCGACAUCACCGAGGAGGACCUGGAGGAGGCGGGGGUUCUGGACCCGGCCCACAAGCAGAUCCUGCUGGAGAGCCUGAAGCAGCAGCAGAAUGCUCUCUGACGGACAGCCCUUAUGUUCCACGGCUUGGCAGCAGGACGUGACAUCAUCAGGCUGCGUCCGGGGGGGACCGUCUCCAGACGCAGCCUGGAUUACAUUCCUUGCCUUACCUCGGGCAGGUGACUCACUCCUUUAUUCUAACUUCGCUUUAUUUUUAUUUCUGUUUUUUUAACAUUAUAUUGCAUGUAACAUGUGGCAAAGGGGAAAGGGAAGGGUGUUAACCAAAUCCGCACUGACCGCUCACAGAUUGAGAGCCUGACAUUGAGUGUGUGUUCGUCUGUUCGUCCAGGUGUCUCACACCUGCUCCGCUGAGUGUGUUAUGACUGAAAUUGUGUGUUAUUAUUUUCAGCUCAGUUGAAACGGUUGAUUGCUCAAGUGUCAUACCCCAUUUCACCUCCUACUCUUCCAGACUAGGGAAGGAAGGGUUUUGUAUGUUGAAAGCACUCCUACCUUGUCCCUGUGUCCAUUUCAAUGAAUAUGUAGAAAACAUGACUUUUCUACUGAAGUUGUCAUUUCCUGUCCAUUUGCUGUACAGUCUGAAAUGUGUCAGUCCGUGGAACGCCAGCUUGUUUAUGCAUCUCACCACCAGGUGGUGCUAUUGCCUCGAAUAAUCAGCCAGCGGGAGUAACGCUUGUUCUCUGCAAUACUGUCGAACUGUUUUGAUGCACCUGAAUGGGGACACUGCAAAGAUGCACAAUAUUACACACGCAGAAAAAGAUUUGUCCUCACAAUGACAGAUAGGUGUGUGUAUUUAUUUUUCUGAGACGUUAACUACAAUCACCACCGAGUCGAUCCAGAGCAGCUUCAAUCAUGUAACGAUUGGAACAGAAGAGAAAGUGCUGUGCCCUGUGUGAGUGCUCGUCUGUGAUGGAAAAUCAGGACAGGAUACUGACGUGAUGUAAUCACCGCCUCCUCAUUCCGGCUCUUUCUGAGAGACCCGCGCCGGACGCUGAACCUGGCUCUCCGAGACCAGGGGCACAAACGGACGGAGACCUGUCUGCAUGUGUUCUGACUCCACGUGCCGUACCUGCCUGGUCCCCUCUGCACUCCUGCGAAGGUGUCGCUCCCUCCUCGUGCCUUGCGUUGGCGCGCACUCCUACGCGCGCACCCCCCCCCCCCCCCCCGUGCCUUCAGUGGAAUAAGCUGCUCGGGCAGUCUCUGGUGCCGUUGGACCUGCCUUGAAGAACGGUUCUGUCUCCGUCAGACUGGGGCCAGGUGGCUUUCUGCUUCCCCUCCAUGUUUUUCCCCAUAAUUCCCUAUGUCUGGGAAGCCGUGGCCUUCCUCAGUGAAAUCUCUUUGGAUUGGUUCAUCUUUGCACAUUGAACCUUGUUGAGUGACGUUUGAGCAGUGCUGGUUCUGUCCACUGGCCCGGACUGGACCUUGUGAUUUGCGGUUUCUUUUUGAAACGGCUGCCAAAUGGGAAAGUACCCUUUUCCAGGUUAUAUUGACUGUUCCAGAUUUUUUGAUCUGUUGCACGUUUAUUUUUGUAGUUCAUACCUCCAGUCAGAAUAAUUGUACCUGUUAAAAUGUUCCCAUCUUUGUAUGUAUACAUUUAACUUCUUAAAACUUCUCAUGCGCAUCUCAAACCUUUUCCUAUGUCUGUUUAAAUUCUGCCAGUUUGUCUUCUUAAUGUUACAUUGUAUUCUUAAGUUAAUAUUGCUGGUCGACUCUAAGAUUUUUCUUUCCCCCAAACAAAUAAAAACUAAUUGCUAACAGCCAA